AUGUCCAACUCCUACCAUCAUGAAAACAACCCUUAUUUUCGGCGGGAGCCCGGAUUGCCUCCUCCUGACCAACCUUACCAGCCACCAUCAUCGGUAGCUCAAGUUUUGCCACAACUGGAGGGACUGCCGGCACAACCACAAGUGCAACCCCAACCCCAGUUCCGCCAACCUCGUUUUCCUCAGCGAGUCCCGACUCGCCACCCUCCCUACCCAAUCCACCCACGCGAACAAACCAGAUUUUCCGAGCCACCAGGUUUUCCGGUGCAACCGCUACCUACUGCUCAAAGCUCACCGCCGCCACACGAUGAACAAACUCAACCAUUACAUACCCCCACGGGAGUAUCUCCUCCACCCAUUCAAGCACCUCCCCGUCAACGACAACGAGAUCGACAAGAACAGCAAUCAAGCUUCGUUGUCCCUCCGCCACGUAAAACCAAGUUCCUGACAUGGUUUCUCGCCACCUUUUGCUUCAUCUUCGGGGUCAUCAUUAUUGUCGGAGGCCUCAUAGUCCUCAUUGUGUACCUCGUCUUCCGCCCUCAUCUCCCAAAGUUCGAGAUCUCUAGCGCCACCCUCAAUGCAGCAUACCUGGACAUGGACUACCUCUUAAAUGCUGACAUGACCUUGCUCACAAACUUCACGAAUCCAAACAGGAAGGUCAGAAACGACUUCAGCUAUGUGAUCCUUGAUCUUUACUACGGGAGCAACGCGAUUGCAACGCAAUACAUCGAGCCGUUCUCGACCGCGAGGUUGGAGUCCUGGCUUGCGAAUGUUCAUAUGAUCAGCAGCCAGGUGAGGCUCCCGUCAAAAGACAGUGAGAAGCUCAGGAAGCUGCUCGAGAGUAAUGGUUUGGUGGUGUUCGAAGUCAAGGGGUUGGUCCGGGUAAGAUCAAAAUUUGGGAGCUUUCUGAGAUACUCCUACUGGUUGUACAGCCAUUGCUCCAUCGCUCUCACUGGACCUCCUUCUGGGGUUCUCAGAGCAAGCCAAUGCAGGACAAAACGUUGAGGGAUCAGACAUUUUUAAGUAUUCAUCAUCAGACUUGUUUUUUCUCCACAGAUGGUCGGCAAUUUGCUGUUUGUUG